AUGUCCCUCAAUUCGGGCGCACGAGGCUUUCGCCGUGCACCAUCCCUGUUUCGCAACACCUUCGAGCAGCUGAAAACCCGCUACGACAGUGUACAGGCGCGGCUCGAUGCAAUCACCCUUCCGGAGCGCUACAAAGGCACGAUCCUGGAGAAAUGGGCCUUGUACUGGAAAAAUCUCGUGAUCGAUUACAAGGAAAUGGUCAUCGAUACUGGACGUACGAUGCGGGAACGACCCGUUCGUAGUAGUGUCUACGUUUCGCUACUUGCCGGUGGUUUGUAUGCCGGUGCACGCAAUCCCUCGGAGACAGAUUUCUACGACCAGUUUCGGCAGGCGUACAACAAAUUAUCGCUGGUGCAUCCUAUCUGCCAGAAUCCGGUCGCCUCGCGGCAUCUAACGUUUCUGGAACGAUGUCAUAACGAGGGCAUCCUUAGGCGGUUGUCGCUGGGUGUCGUCUCGUUCCUGUGGCUCGAUAAUUACGACAAGGGCUUGGCCAUCUACAAAGCGGUCUGUCCGUAUCUGCAGCCACGAUAUUUAACCUUCCACGAGCGCAUAAUUGACGUGGGGUUUAAUCAAAAGUAUUGGGUACUGGAACGAAAAAUGAUAGACUAUGAUAUCAAUGAGGAGAAUUUGUAA